ACUCUUGCUCUCCUAAUUCCAUCUCAGCUUCUCUUCGUUGGUGCCACUCCUCCCCUGACCUAGCACUGGCAGCGACGACGGCCGACCAGCGAGAGAAGGGAAGAAGCUCACACCUCAUCACAGGCCACGUCGUCGGGCCGUCACACCUCCUCAGCCACAGCGUCCAGCAGUCACGGCGUCCCCGAUCUAAUCUCUUCUACUCCUCAGGCCUCAUCUAGCUCGUGGCUCGUGAAGCUCGUCGCUCAUUCAAGGAGCUUCAAGCUUGUUCCAACGUUGGGCGUGGGUGCUGUUAUAGUUCCUCUUUGGCGAGCUUUUAUUCUCGGACUUAAUAGUUCUCUCAAGUCUCAACCAUCUUCACGAGUUCUGCAUUACCCAAGCAUGUAAGAGAGAGGAUGGAGGUUGUUUUGGCAGCAUCUUCUGUUGAUGCCGAUGUUGGCUGCUGGGACCUUCAUUCAGGGGCUGAGCAGCUGCGCUAUAAAACUUGUGCCUCCACACCUCAUGGCCUCACUAGUGUGGGCAGUCGCUUCCUUGCAUCUUCCCAGAUCCGAGAUUCCUCUGCCAAUGCUGGUCUGGUUCUCUAUUGGUCUUGGUCCAAGCCUCAAGUAGAAGCCAAGAGCUUUCCAGCUGAGCCAAUCAGGCCUCUUGCUGCUAAUCAUCCAGGCACUUAUAUAGCUGGUGGAGGUUUAUCGGGUGAUAUAUACUUUUGGGAGGUUGAAACUGGCAGGUUGCUUAAGAAGUGGCAUGCUCAUUAUAGGGCUGUAACUUGCCUAGUAUUUUCUGAGGAUGACUCACUACUAGUAUCUGGUUCAGAAGAUGGAUGUGUACGAGUUUGGUCCUUGUUCACGAUAUUUGAUGAUUUGAAAAGGCAGGAAGCAGGUAAUCGUUAUGAGCAUAGUUUUUCAGAGCACACCUUACCAGUAACUGACAUUGUAAUUGGCUAUGGAGGAUGUAGUGCAAUUAUAAUUUCUGCUGCAGAGGAUAGGACCUGUAAGGUUUGGAGCUUAUCUCGAGGAACACUACUAAGAAAUAUAGUAUUCCCUUCAAUAAUUGAUGCAAUUGCAUUGGAUCCUGCUGAACACGUCUUUUAUGCUGGCAGUAGAGAUGGAAAAAUAUUUAUUGCCGCACUUAACACUGAAAAGAUCUUUAGUCAUAAUCAUGAGAUGCAUAUCCUCGGUUCAUUCUCUAAUCACAGCAAAGCAGUUACUUGCUUAACAUAUAGUGCAAGUGAGAAUUUGUUAAUCUCUGGAUCAGAAGACGGAAUGGUUCGGGUUUGGAAUGCAAAAACACAUAAUUUUGUCCGCAUGUUCAAACAUGCAAAAGGGCCUGUGAAUAAUAUUGUCGUUGUUAGAAAAGAGCUUGACUCAAGCAAGCAUAUGUCUUCAACUUUACAAUCGGGCUCAAGAAAGCAGGGAUCUUUAGUACCACCUCCAUUGGAGAAAUACACAAAUGAAGAUUCAGAAGUUCAGACCAUUGUUAGCCUUCACGAUGACAGGAGCGAUACGGAUGUUUCAUACAUGUCUUGUCGGGCCAUAUUUAAUCAAAUCAAGGAAUUUCAGAAUCGGGGCUCCUCUGCCUCUGAAAUGGAGAUGGAGAGGCUAAAAGCAGAUCACAAGAGGUCCGCCCAGAUGGUUGACCGAUUUAAGAAAAUGUAUGAAGAUUUGCAAGACUUCUAUGAGGACGACUUCCUGAGAAGUGGUCAAACAAAACCUGGCAACUAGAUCGCUUUAUUUUCUUG